AUGGCGCUCUUUCUCAUCAUCCUGGCUUUUCUGUCAGUGGCCAAUGCAGCAGCUUUGACAGCUAAUUAUCCUAUUAACGCGCAGCUGCCACCUGUCGCGCGCGUCUCGCAACCUUUCCACUUUGUGUUCGCCCAAAGUACUUUCUCUGACAGUGACAAUGACACGGAAUACUCGCUAUCGGAUGCACCAUCAUGGCUCAAAGUCGACAGCAGCACUCGCACUCUUGCAGGAACACCAGACACGGAUGACAGUGGCUCCAAGAAAUUCAAGCUCAAGGCAUCCAACGGGUCUGAGAGCGACAGCAUGGAGGUUACUCUAAUUGUCACAGCCGAUCAAGGACCAACUGUGAACAAGCCACUCGUGCCUCAACUACAGUCAUUGGGACCGGUUUCAUACCCCGCGACGCUGUUUAUCCACCCCGGUCGCCCAUUCUCCAUCGAGUUUGACCCGGAUACCUUCGACAACACCCACCCUUCUACGAUCUACUACGGAACCUCACCAAACAAUGCACCGCUACCUUCUUGGAUAAACUUCGAUCCAGCUGCCCUGAAGUUCGCGGGAAAUAGCCCAGCAUUUCCAGGCGCUGGACCUCAGACAUUCACGUUUCAGCUGAUUGCAUCAGAUGUUGCUGGAUUUAGCGCAGCCAACAUGACUUUUGAACUGUCAAUUGGUCCUCAUAUUCUGGCAUUCAGCGAGACUGUCCAGACAUUCAACCUCACCCGAGGUGACAGGUUCACCAGUCCCAAAUUUACAAGCCUUCUGUCGAUGGAUGGCUCGCCAACUACAAAGAAGGACCUGGCCAAGGUCGAUGCUGAACUGCCGGACUGGCUGGAUUUGGAUGAAGAAAACGUAUUAUUAAGUGGAACACCACCCAAUGAUGCCGUGAACCAGAACAUCACUAUUUCUGUGACCGACUCUUUCCAAGAUCAGGCAAAGCUGAUGGUCCGCCUGGAGUUCCUCAAGUUGUUCCUCGACACUGUCGAUGGGUGUGAAGCAGCAAUUGGCAAGGACUUCAAGUUUGAGUUCAACCAAUCUAUUGUUACCGAUGACUCCGUACAACUAGAUGUUGAUUUAGAUAGCGAUCUUUCCUCGUGGCUCACCUACUUCUCUGAGAACAAGACACUCUUUGGACACGUUCCAAAAGAUAUGGACCCCAAAAAAUUCACUAUUCCUCUCACCGCGCACCAAGGAUCGACUGAAGACACGAGAGACUUUGUGCUCGAUGUCCUCAAAGAAACAGACACACAUACAGACCCCACGAGUCCGUUCACUGAACCCAGCAGCCCCGACCACAAGAAGGCUGGCAUUAUCGCCAUCUCUGUUGUCGUACCAGUUGUGGUGAUCUUGAGCCUUCUAAUUCUCUUUUGCUGCUGGCGUCGCAGAAAGAGCUCACCUACGGUUGAAGAGGGACCUACCAACACCAAGCCGGCGCCUCCACGACCAGUCAGACCCGAUGUCCCCAAUUGCCAGCCGGCCAUGUCUGAAAGACCAUCUCGUGACGAUAACUCGGAAGACUGGAUGAGUCCUAUCUCGCCUGCAUCUGAUCUCCCCAAACUUGAACUUGGACCAGCAUGGAAUGUGUCCUCUUUUGAUAAACAUGAGCACUCUAUUAGCUUCCCAGUUCCCGAGCCUGUUGUCCCUCCUCGUUCUCCUAAGCGGGGAUCUCCUGUUCGUGGUGGUUUCGUUCCACUGCGGGACGAAGUCAUCGCAGAGGACAAGCCAGUUCAGAUCUCGCCUACCAAGAAACAGAACAACCGUCUUUCAUAUACCAAUACCAGCAGCCCCGUUCGUCGCAGAUCCACCAACCGAUCCAGACGUCAGCCUUUGAAGACUAUCCAACCGCGGGCAAUGAAGCGAGAGUCUAUUCAAUCAUCCAAGUCGAAGCGGUACUCCAAACGCUCAAGUGGCAUCUCAUCUAUUGCUUCCGGACUGCCUGUACGAUUCAGCGGUGCCGGUCACGGCGCUGGUGGAUUUGGACCUCCUGGACACGGCGUCGUUCACAUGUCGUGGCAAAACCACAGAGCAUCUAUGCUCAGUGAUGAGGCCAGUCUCAACAACAUGGCACCCUUGUUCCCCCGCCCUCCUGCAGCUGCUCGCAUGAGACACAGCAUGGCACACAGCAUCCCCGAGAACUACAAGCGAGUCACCCUACGAGCUGUGGAGCCCGACGAGUCGACCAUCUCAGAAGCCGACUCCCUCGAAGCAUUUGUCCACAGCCGCGCCAAGCACCGCAACUCCUCCAACCCUCUCUUCUCCGCUCAAAUCAGCCGCCGUACCUCGUCCGGUCUCCGAGCUCUUGACAGAGCUCGCAGUAUCCGCAGUCGCGCUGACACAGUCUCAGUAUCAACAUUCAGUGACGAGUACCGCCAAUCCAUUCAAGAGCGCCCGAUGUCCACAGCGAUGUCAGUCUCUGAAUACGGCGAUGAGAACCGCAUGUCUCACUACCAAGGCUUGCAGCCACCGGGCCUCUUCCCUCUUGCCGAGAACAGCGCUGGCCAGAGCCAACUGAGUCUCGCGCAGGAUUACCGCGGUGUCAUCUCCCCCCUGCCUCGCUUCUGGAGUGAGAACAGUCUGAGCAGUGCUCGACAGUUGGAGGGCCAGCACCGGUAUCAGAAAGUGAAUGAUGAGAAUGCCAUGCCUCAGAGUUCUUCUAUGGUCUCUGAUUUGGAUGAACAUCUGCGCAAGGUCAGCCCUAAAAAGACGGAUCCGCAAUGGCGGAUGUCUCCUUUAGAGCCUCCACCUCCAGUGAAGAGCGGCAGCAACCGUGGUCUUCCCAUUGCCAGCAGUGGAGAGCUAGCCUUUGUUUGA